AGAAAGAGAGUAUAUGCUUCUUUCGCCUUUGUCUUUUUACACAGUGACAACAUGUGCAAACUACUUCUGACUGCAGGUCUCUGUUUGAUCAUCGCCAGCUUGGCCAGGUCUCACCAGUCUUCAUCCAGGCUGGUGUGUUACUAUAACAGCUUGGCUGAAUACAGAGCGAAUGGCGGGAAGGUCAGGAUUUCAGACAUUGAUCCGAAGCAGUGUACCCAUCUGAUCUUCGCCUUUUCUGACAUAAGCAGUGUGAAUAGAUUGGUCCCCAGGAGAACAACUGACUUAAAUCGCUAUCAGUCCUUUAAUCAACUCAAAGCCAGAAAUCCCCUGCUCAAAACCCUGUUGGCAGUUGGUGACACACAAAGAUUCAGUAUGAUGGUGUCAACACAAUCAAGAAGAGCAAUGUUCAUCCAGUCUGCUAUCACACUACUGAGAACAUAUGGUUUUGAUGGGCUCAGCCUGGACUGGAAGUUUCCCGCAGCAGCAGGAAGCCAAUCAGACAACAAGCAGAAAUUUACAAUGUUGUGCCAGGAGCUCAAAGCUGCCUUUGUGAAUGAAGGAACCCAAACUAACCGUGACAGAUUAAUCCUCAUCGCUAGUGUCUCUGCUGAGAAGGCGGUCAUCGAUGCCAGUUAUGAGGUCACACAGGUUGCCGGGAGCCUGGAUUUCAUUAAUGUGCUGACAUUUGACUUUCGUGGCCCCUCGGAAACUGUCACAGGACAUCACAGCCCCUUGUUCCAGGGAUCCCAAGAUACUGGAGACAAAAUCAACUCUAAUACUGACUAUGCUAUGAAGUACUGGAGGGACCAGGGAGCACCUGCACAUAAGCUAAACCUGGGUAUAGCAUCGUAUGGGCGAGUUUAUACCGUUGCCUCUCAUUGCGGUGGUGUUGGAGCACCAGUCAGUGGUCCCGGUACAGAAGGCACCUACACCCAAAUGGAAGGACUGCUGGCCUACUAUGAGAUUUGCCCUCAUCUUGACGGGAUUCAAGUCCAGCUGAUUUCUGAUCAAAAAGUUCCAUAUGCUGUCAUAAAUAAUAAUCAGUGGGUUGGAUUUGAUAACAAACACAGCAUUGGAACAAAGGUCAGUUACCUAAAUACAAAUCACUUUGGAGGAGCCUUUGUCUUGUCGCUGGACCUGGAUGACUUUAGUGGACAUUUCUGUAACCAGGGCAAAUAUCCCCUCAUCAGCCACCUGCAUGAUCUCCUUGUUCCAGAUUAUCCACACUAUACCACAACCACAACCACAACCACCACAACAACUUCCACAGUUGAUCCUGACAAUUUCUGCAGUGGAAGGGCAGACGGGCUUCACGCCAACCCGAAUGACCGAAACUCUUUUUACAACUGUGCCCACGGGAGAACGUACAUCCAAUACUGCGCCUCAAAUCUCGUCUUCAACCCAACUUGCCUCUGCUGUGACUACCCCUAAAGAGUUGCACGUUUGUCAUUUUAAUUUAUAUAAGCGGUAAUAUUGAUUCUUACCAAUAAAGGUGGGGCACUGUCUAAAUUUUAAAAUACCAUUUACACAUGUCAACAUUAACAUUUUCAGAUGAAACCAUCAACAUUAUCAGAUGGAUGACCAUAAACUCUCCAUCAUUAAAGAGACAUGAUCCCAUCCAUACUGUAUCUGUUGGUACAGAUUAUGAUUAAAUCUCACUCAAUAUUCAGUAUAAUUUGAAGAAUUUGUAGUGUGUAUUUACUAUUGUUGUCCUGUUGCUGUGUGUUGCUCGUUUUCGUCUGCCAUCAUUUAAUCGGAUAAGACUUUACUAUAUUUUUCUCAUAUAUAUGUUACUGUUGGUGUAUCUAACCCUCUUGUUUGGAUGUGUGCUUCUUGGUUUAUAUCUAGCCAUCACAU